AUGGCGCUGGAUGCGCUGGCAUCUGGCCGUUAUCCGCUGGCGGGCGUGGUCGCCUUUUCGGGUCGUCUGGCGGUUGACGGUGAGCUGACGCCACAGCCUCAUCUGCCCGCGCUGCUGAUCCACGGCCAGGCCGAUGAGGGCCGCAUUGGUGCCGGUAGAAGCGCGAUUUGA